AUGAAUUCAUCACGAGAUGCAUUCCUCAAGGGCCUAACCACAGGACAAAAAGAACACUCGGGAAAAGGUAAGCGUCUCAUCGUCUUACACAUCGGGUCGACAGAUGGUUUUGUCCCGGGGGGUCUUUUGUGUUUCGAAUCAAAGACCAAUUCUACGGACUACCAUGACGAGAUGAAUGGCGAUACAUUCUAUGAAUGGUUUGUACGAAUUCUACCGCUAUUAAAAGAAAACGCCGUCAUAGUGAUGUAUCACUCCGUGAAGAAAUGCAAAAUACCAACUAUGUCCUGGAAAAAAAAGAUAUUAUGUAACGGAGUAGCCAUCACCACAUAA